CAUGAAACCUUCUGUUUAUGGAAGUAAGGCUUUGGAACCCGGGGACUGGUACUGUGUGAAUAUUGGUUGUCGAUAGACUUAUGUUUAAGUCUAUAUUAACUACUAUAUCCGGUCAGCCUCAUCAUCUAGGGCAGACCAGGUACUCGAUCUCGGUCAUUCGCUGUUCGAAGUUUAGCCAUUAGCCAUGGAGAGACACGUCAAAGCCGUCAAAGAAGAGUUCCGAACGGAUGUCACCCUUAAUAGGGUGGUUAACUUCGCUCGCAUCGCACCACGCAAGUUUCCAUCGGCUGCUAAACAGUAUCUUCUCGACAAACUUCCCAUUAUCCAAUGGCUUCCACGAUACUCACCAUCAUGGCUCCCUCAGGAUUUCAUGGCCGGUCUCACAAUCGGAGUCUUACUCAUUCCUCAAGGUCUAGCAUACGCUAAGAUUGCGACAAUUCCUAUCGAAAAUGGUCUUUACUCCUGUUGGGUACCUGCCGCUGUGAUGGUGUUCAUGGGAACAUCAAAAGACUUGUCAUCGGGACCAACUUCGAUCCUGGGCCUGCUAACCGCAGAAAUCGUCCGCGACCUCAAGAACGAAUAUGCAGCCACUGAUAUUUCGUCGGCCGUUGCCAUGAUGGUAGGGAUAUUCUCCCUCCUGAUAGGUCUGCUAGGUCUCGGUUUCCUUCUCGACUAUGUCUCGAUCCCCGUUCUCACCGGAUUCAUCUCGGCCACAGCCUUCGUUAUUGGUAUGGGUCAAGUCGCUUCUCUCGUCGGACUUAGCGGCGGCCCAGACGGUGCCUUUAACCAACUUGGCGACGCUCUCAAACGUCUCCCACACUGGGACGGUCCAACUUGCGGAAUUGGCUUCGGUACGGUCCUGGUCCUCCUGAUUCUUGAGAAAAUAGGAAAGACAUGGGGAAACAAGCACUUCCUCAUUCGAUACAUUUCCAGCAGUCGAGCGAUCAUCGUGAUGGUAAUAUUCACCUUGAUCUCAUACCUCGUCAAUAAGGAUCGCGAUGACUACCUUUGGGGCCUCAGCGAAGUAAACACUCACGGCAUCCAACACCCCAAAGCUCCCGAUGCAGGCCUCCUUGCGAAGGUUGCGGGUCGUGCUAUUGCGCCGCUCGUGGCGUGUACACUAGAGCAUCAAGCUGUCGGCAAGGCUUUCGCUCGUCGAAAUCAUUAUGCGAUUGAUCAAACCCAGGAGUUCAACUAUCUUGGUGUGACUAACAUCGUCAAUUCCUUCUUUGGUGCUAUGCCGGUUGGUGGUGCGAUAUCUCGGACGGCUGUCAAUUCGGAGUGCCAUGUACGAAGUCCUUUGAAUGGAGUCGUCACUGCAGGCUUCAUUAUAUUGACACUUUAUGUGUUCUCUCCAGCUUUAUACUGGCUUCCAAAGUCGACGUUGGCCGCAAUUAUCAUCAUGGCCGUUAUACACCUCUUCGGACCCCUAUCCCUAAUUUGGCGCUACUGGCGCAUCUCCCUCGCCGACUUCAUCGCAUGCAUGGUUUCAUUCUGGGUCACUAUCUUCGUGUCCGCAGAAAUCGGCAUUGGUGCCGCUGCUGGGUGGAGCGUAGCAUGGACGCUUCUACGAUCUGCAUUCGCUCGUGCUACCAUCCACGCCAACCAGACUGCGGAUGCGUCAGGUACCUUCGAACCUUUAGAACACCUCUCAUCCCUACAACAACGCGGGCAGACAGAAAAUAUCGGCAGUCCGACAAUUCCGGAGGAUACUGUAGUAGUGCGCUUCGCGGACUCGCUGUUCUUCCCUAAUGCGAAUAGGAAUAAGAUAGAAGCUCUUGAAGCAAUGCAAAUCGCUUGGCCGUCUGUGCAGAGCCCGCGUUACGGCGACGAGGGAGAACGGUCUUGGAGUGUGGCUGCGGAACAACGACUCGCGCGACUGCGAGAGGAACGGCACGUCGUGGUACGUGGUAUGCCGCUUGCUGUCGUCGUAUGGGAUUUCGGACAGGCACCUUUUAUUGAUGCGACGGGCAUCACCGCACUCGCUGAACUUAAGGAUGAUAUACGCCGUCAGCUCGGUUUUGGCGUGCAGAUACGCAUUAUUGGUAUGACACCAGGGAUCCGGUUGCGCUUCAAGCGAGCUGGGUGGAAGCUCGUGGAUGCGGAUGGAUUGUUGGAUGGAGCUGCUGAUGUGGUUUAUCCUUCGCUUGAGAGGGCUAUCUGGGAUGAGAGGGACCGUGAUAGUUUGAAGGGGGUUGCUACGGAGAAGGUUUGAAUAACUUUUAAGUGUUGAAGUGCUUUGAUUGCUUCAUUGUAUGAAAUACCCUUGGGAUUGUUCUUGUAUCUAGGGUGUGUUUAGUGAGCUCGAGUCCAUGAACGAGUUAUUACAUUUGCUCAAGAAGUUGAAGUCUUGGCGAGUAGAUUUGCACAUGAUGAUUUCUAGAUAAUUGAGCUCACGAAAUGAUUCUAACCAUCCAUAAUUCUAGGUUGGACAUUCUCUAACACAUUGAUUAGCCCGUGUCAUUGUCGGCGGCAGGUCUAAAUAUGAAUAUCUGCAUGCGUGCGUUUGUGUUUGUUUGGUCCCUAUAGAACGUAAGUUGAGUGCAACAAGAAAUCCAUUGUGAUUAAGCGAAUAAAGGUGUAGGAACAUAAAAAUAUACGAGGACCAACAUAUGGAAGAGUUCAGAGGCGACAUGAAAAAAGAUGCUUAAAGUGUCUCGACACCUAGGUAUUUAUUGG